GAUUGAGAGAGACAGAGAGUGUGUGUGUGUGUGCGUUCUCCCACAAGUCCACAGUUAAAUAGAGGGAAAAAAGGCUGGAGAUUAUGAUGUCAGAGAUCAGAGAUAAGAGUAGGGGACAGUGUGCAUAUUUCUCAAUUGGUUCGGCACUGGAUUUGGGGAGAGAAGGCAGAAUGCUGGAGGGGAAGGCAAUGAUCCAGGACACAGACAUGCCAGUGAAGAUGCAGCUGCAAGCCAUGUCCUGUGCUAGUGAAGCUCUCGACCUCUUUGAUGUCCUUGACUGCAAGAGCAUAGCUACCCACAUCAAGAAGGAAUUUGAUCUGAGGUAUGGGCCUGGAUGGCAAUGUGUGGUGGGUUCCAACUUUGGGUGCUUCUUCACCCACACAAAGGGCACCUUCAUCUACUUCUGCCUGGAGACACUCAACUUUCUCAUCUUCAAAGGAGCUGCUGCUUAGCCAACCCAAACCACCUGCACAAAAUAGCUGUUGGGCUUGUUAUGAUGGUAGCUUCCGAGAGCUGAAGAUGAAAAGAGGUAAUUCUGUGACCCACUGAAAUGUGGCAGAAUAUGAGAACAGAUAUUGAACAAUAUAGUGAUAUACUUCAUACUUAGGUUUCAGAUCAAAGUUCUACUUUGCUUUCUCUGCAUUAUAAUGUGAGGGAACGAAAUGAGAAACUUUUUUCUUACCUUUUGAGAAAGCCUAUGUGUGCAGAUAUAUCAGUGCUGGAUCUGAACAUCAAAUGUCAUGACCCUCCAAUUCUGCU